ACGAAAGAUCGUCACUUCCUCACUGUAGCACUCGCGCUGCGGAAGUGUUUGAAAGUGCCAUUGCGCGAGAGACCAGGCAGAGGCAGCGCGAGCUCCACGCUGCACGAACUGAUCGAUAGGCCUCUGCGCGCGGCAUGUGAUGGAGUGGCAGCCGGAUGAACAAGGCCUCCAGCAGGUCCUGCAUCUCCUGAAAGACUCGCAGUCUCCAAACACGGCCACACAGCGAGCUGUGCAGGAGAAACUGGAGCAGCUGAACCAGUUUCCUGAUUUCAACAACUAUCUUAUCUUUGUCCUGACGAGGCUGAAAACUGAAGAUGAGCCCACUCGAUCUCUCAGCGGUCUGAUACUGAAGAACAACGUGAAGGUUCACUAUCAGAACUUCCCUCCUGCGGUUGCACACUUCAUCAAGCAGGAAUGUUUAAACAACAUCGGAGACCCUUCUCCUCUCAUCCGCGCCACGAUCGGUAUCCUCAUCACAACGAUUUCCACCAAAGGGGAGCUGCAGACGUGGCCAGAGUUACUGCCUCAGCUGUGCAACAUGCUCAGUUCAGAGGACUACAACAUCUGUGAGGGCUCGUUUGGAGCUUUACAGAAGAUCUGCGAGGACUCAUCUGAGCUCCUGGACAGUGACGCUCUCAACCGACCCCUCAACAUCAUGAUUCCCAAGUUCCUGCAGUUCUUCAAACACUGCAGCCCCAAGAUCAGGUCUCAUGCUGUUGCCUGUGUGAACCAGUUUAUCAUCGGAAGAGCACAAGCCCUGAUGGACAACAUCGACACCUUUAUUGAGAGUCUGUUUGUGCUGGCCGCAGAUGAGGAGUCAGAGGUGCGGAAGAACGUGUGCAGGGCUCUGGUCAUGCUGCUGGAGGUGCGAGUGGACCGACUCAUCCCUCACAUGCGCAGUAUCGUAGAGUACAUGCUGCAGCGCACACAGGACCCGGAUGAGAAUGUGGCUCUGGAGGCCUGUGAGUUCUGGCUUACGCUGGCUGAGCAGCCCAUCUGUAAGGACGUCCUGUCUGGACAUCUUGCACAACUGGUUCCUGUUCUGGUGAACGGGAUGAAGUACUCGGAGAUUGACAUCAUUUUGUUAAAGGGUGACGUGGAGGAAGAUGAGGCCGUGCCGGACAAUGAGCAGGACAUAAAGCCACGCUUUCACAAGUCUCGUACAGUCACCCUUCGACACGAGGGUGAUGAAGGCGAGGAAGGAGAGGAGAGUGAUGAGGAUGAUGAUGACGACGACGACAGUCUAUCUGACUGGAAUCUACGUAAGUGUUCAGCGGCUGCUCUUGAUGUCCUGGCAAACGUGUUUCGGGAUGAGUUGCUGCCACACCUGCUUCCAGUGCUGAAGGAGCUGCUGUUCCACUCGGACUGGGUGGUUAAAGAGUCUGGCAUCCUGGUGCUGGGAGCCAUCGCUGAAGGCUGUAUGCAGGAUAUGGUUCUGUACCUGCCGGAGUUGAUUCCUCACCUGAUCCAGUGUCUCAGUGAUAAGAAAGCACUGGUCCGCUCCAUUGCCUGCUGGACUCUGAGCCGCUAUGCACACUGGGUGGUCAGCCAGCCGCCGGACUCCUAUCUCAAACCCCUCAUGACUGAGCUGCUCAAACGAAUCCUCGACAGCAACAAGAGGGUUCAAGAGGCGGCCUGCAGUGCAUUUGCGACUCUGGAAGAGGAGGCCUGUACAGAGCUGGUGCCCUACUUGAGCUUCAUUCUGGACACACUGGUGUUUGCCUUCAGCAAGUACCAGCACAAGAACCUGUUGAUCCUCUACGACGCCAUCGGGACCCUCGCUGACUCUGUCGGACACCAUCUUAACCAGCCGGAAUACAUCCAGAAGCUCAUGCCCCCUCUUAUUCAGAAGUGGAAUGAGUUAAAAGAUGAAGACAAGGAUCUGUUCCCUUUGCUGGAGUGCCUGUCUUCGGUGGCCACAGCACUACAGAGCGGCUUCCUGCCCUACUGUGAACCAGUUUACCAGCGCUGUGUCACCCUGGUGCAGAAGAACCUCGCUCAAGCCAUGAUGUAUAACCAGCACCCUGACCAGUACGAGGCCCCUGAUAAAGACUUCAUGAUUGUGGCCCUUGAUCUGCUCAGCGGUCUGGCCGAGGGACUCGGACCUCAUGUAGAACAGCUGGUCACCCGCAGCAACAUCAUGACCCUGCUCUUCCAGUGCAUGCAGGCAUGCUUUAUUUCUUCUAUAAAGGACACCAUGCCAGAAGUGCGUCAGAGUUCGUUUGCUCUGCUGGGAGACCUGACUAAGGCGUGUUUUCUUCACGUGAAGCCCUGCAUCGCUGAGCUCAUACCUGUCCUGGGACUCAACCUCAACCCAGAGUUCAUAUCUGUGUGUAACAAUGCCACAUGGGCCAUCGGAGAGAUCGCCAUGCAGAUGGGUAUGGAGAUGCAGCCAUUUGUGGCCUUGGUUCUCAAUAACCUUGUGGAGAUCAUCAACAGACCUAAUACACCCAAAACUCUGCUGGAGAACACGGCCAUUACGAUUGGUCGGCUCGGAUAUGUGUGUCCACAGGAAGUUGCCCCCUUGUUGCCACAGUUCAUUCGCCCCUGGUGCACAUCACUUAGAAACAUUCGGGACAAUGAAGAGAAAGACUCGGCCUUCAGGGGCAUUUGUGUAAUGAUUGGGGUAAAUCCUGGAGGGGUUGUACAGGACUUCAUCUUUUUCUGUGACGCUGUGGCCUCUUGGGUGAAUCCAAAAGACGAUUUGAGAGAUAUGUUCUACAAGAUUUUGCAUGGCUUCAAGGAUCAGGUCGGUGAGGAUAACUGGCAGCAGUUCUCUGAACAGUUUCCUCCGCUGCUGAAGGAGAGGCUCUCAGCCUGCUAUGGUGUGUAGACGCCGCCCCUGCUGACAUGGGAACCAACUAUUAGAUCAAAUCUACGGGAGGGUUACUGGGGAACUCAUCCAUGUCUGUUUGUGGGAACUACCUGCUGUUAGAGCCAAAGACGUGUGACUGUUUGUCAUCUGGAGCGAUCCCGCUUCCUCCAGCUCUGCGAAAGAGGAUUUGAAAGAGCGUUCAUGUGAAAUCAACCUUUUUACGGUCACUGUUUGGCUUCUGACUUGCUCAGAAUGGGAAUGAAUCGUGAAGCUCAGGGAUCUUGAUUUGGGAGGGAGGGAUCGUUCAGGCGAGAUUCACCAGCUGCUUAUUGGACAAAAUGAUGCCAUUCAAUAGUCCAGCCUUUGCAAAGCCUGGCUUCUCGGCUAGAUGCCAAAAGCACACACACAAAAUCUGCUACAAGCGGCAGACUGUGCCUGAACAAAAUGCUUUCUUAAAGCUACAGGUCACCCGAAAAUAAAAAGUUUCAUCCUCAUGUCAAUCAAAACAAGUAUAUAUCUUUAAGAUGUUAAAUGGCGCAAUUGUACUUUUACAUAUAUAACAAAAAGUGCAUUAUAGCGCUGCUGAUAGGACAAUUUUAGGACAGUUUUUUUUUUU